CAUGUACUUGUCCGCGGAAUUUUUAAAUCUGUCGGGAGGAGCUUCUGAUUCGGCUUUCCUUCACGGUCAGGCUAAAAGACAAAUGACAACCGAAAAGCAAUUACCCGAUGCUAUCUUCCAAUUAUUAUCAAUUACGACCGUCUCUAUUGAUAUAGAAAGGAAUUCUGAAAAGGCGCAUAUAGUUAGUUUUAAGGUGAAACAAUCAGGAGAGAGUAUACUAUUCUCUGGUAUGCAAGUUCGAGAACCAAUUUCCAAAGAAGGCCUAACUAGACGGCAAAGUUUUCAAUAUUUGGUCAGGAAAUUUGACAAAAACGAUCUAAUGGUUGUGAAACCAUCAAGUAAUAAAUCAAAAAUUGCCGGACUCGUUGUUCAAGCACCAGAUGGCAAUACUGUCGGUUAUAUUUCACCUCAAUCAGAUAAUAUGUUUGAUUUAUACGACUCUUCGGGAUGUUUGUUAUAUACAACAAUUCCAAACUUUGAAGAUGUGUCUUGCUCUUGUUUGUCUGCCAAAAGAAAAAACUUUCCUCCUUCUUAUGAAGUCAAACCUCAAAAUUCUAACGAAGCCUGCGCUAAUAUAGAGAUGAUUGGACCAAAAGGAAGAAGGAAUGGAGCAACUCUUAGCUAUACAUCACAAUUAGAAGCUAAGCAAAUUGUUGCUUUAAUUGGUCUUUCAGUAAUUCUCUGUACUUGGGAAGAGGAGUCAGUUAAAGUUUAA